GCGGAUUGGCCGUCUUCCAGAAGCAGUUGCGCCUUUAACAAAAGCGGUCGGAGUCGCUUGGAAGAGCAAAUGACGGCUUCAAACAAAACCGGGGGAAAGGGAGGAGGAGGAGAGAGCGAGGGGCAAAUGAAAUCUAAUCCGUAUGAGGUGUGGUCGUUGAUGUGUGUGGGUUGGAGGCAGGCGGCUGUGAAGUGUUGGACGGUGUGAGCAAAGGGAAAAAGAGAGACAACGGAGUAGAUGCGCCCCAUUACCAUGGCGAGGGGACUGCUUUCCUGGGCCUCGCUGAGGAAGAUCUGUGGUAGCCACUACUAUAUUCAGGCCCGCUUGCCAUGUGUACGUGUCAAAUACCUCUUCUUUUCAUGGCUUGCAGUAUUUGUUGGGAGCUGGGUAAUUUAUGUCCAGUAUUCCACUCAUACAGAAUUGUGUCGGGCAUAUGACUGCAAGAAAAUAAUUUGUGAUAAAUACAAGAAGGGAAUUAUUGAUGGAUCGGCUUGUGGCAGCUUGUGUGAUAAGGGCACUCUUUACUUUGGCAAAUGCCUCUCUAAUAAACCUAAUAAUCAGGUGUACAGGGGAAUGUGGGAUGAAUCACAAGUCAUCUUAAAAUGCAGACUUGAAGAACCUUUCCACUUUGAUUUGGAUUCUAAUAUGGAGCCGAGAAAAGAGAUGGUGUUAUUUGACAAACCAACAAAAGGAACUUCCAUGGAGGAAUUUCGAGAAAUGGUGUACAGUCUUUUAAAGGCAAAACUUGGUGAUCAGACAAACCUUCAAAAGCUACUCAAGUUGGUUGUCACUGUAGCAGAUGGAAAUAAAGAUGGUCACAUCUCUCUCGCAGAAGCAAAAUCUACAUGGGCAUUACUGCAACUUAAUGAGUUUCUGAUCACGGUAAUCCUCCAGGACAAGGAGCAUACACCAAAACUUCUUGGAUUCUGUGGAGAUCUUUAUGUAACAGAGAAAGUCCACUACAGUUACCUGUAUGGACUCACUAUUCCGUGGGUUUUGGAGUUCUUCAUUCCUUCUGGUUUGAGGCGUAGUAUGGAUCAGUGGUUUACUCCCUCCUGGCCCAGAAAAGCUAAGAUCUCAAUAGGCCUCUUAGAAUUUGUUGAGGAUGUCUUUCAUGGAACAUUUGGUAACUUCCUUAUGUGCGACAUGAGUGCAAAUAACAUUGGUUACAAUGUUAAACAUGAUUUAAAAAUGAUAGACAUGAGAAAAGUUGUACCGGAAGUUAGUUUCAAACAAUUAAUUGGAGGCCGCCACUGCGAGACUGAUGUGGAUUGUGUCUAUGGCACAGACUGCAGAACAACUUGUCAUCAAAGCAAAAAGCAGUGCUCCACGGAACUGGAUCAGCCAAACCUGACCAAAGUCUGCACGUUGCUGAAAGACUAUCUUUUAAAUGGUGCUCCUCCUGAUGUGAGAGAAGAACUGGAAAAACAACUUUACUCUUGUAUAGCUCUCCAAGGAGUAGCAAGUCAAAUGGAAAUGGAACACUCCUUGAUAUUAAACAAUCUAAAGACAUUACUGUGGAAGAAAAUUUCUCAUACAAAAGAUUCCUAAACACUAAAGGAAAAUUCUUCGUGUCAAUUAAAAAUCAUUUGGGAAGUGGGUUUUUUUUUUUUGGCAGAUCCUCCUGGUUGGUUUAGUUUGACCAUGUAGCACAGAACCGUGUUAUUCAUAAUAUUUCCAUUUUGGUUACUGUUAAACAAAAAAACUAAAACCACUAGAGAUUUUGUUUUUCGUUUUGUGGUUCUAAAUGUUGCUGCUUUUCUUUGGUAAGAAAAAAUUACACAGCAUGAGAAGUUUUUAAUGUCUUUUUUAAAACUAUUGUUUGUAGCAUGACUAUUUAUUUGCAGAAGAGAAUGUUGGUUAAUAUUGACACUCAUUUUAGCUUAAAUAAAAUUACAUGUUUAUAUGGUAACUGGAAAAAAGUCUAAAUCAGGAAGAGAUCGCUGUUACUUCUAUUUUAGAAUAGCAAGAAUUUUGAAAUGCUUUAGAAUUUCAACUAUAUAAUUAGAUUACAAAAGCUGGUUUACAAAAAUAUUGUAAUUGAGCACUUUAUAUUCAUAUUCAUUUCAUUAAUCCUGUUGACUGUACAGUAUUUAAAAAUACCAAGCCAGUUUUUAUGUAUAUAAAUGGCUACUAAAAUUCUUUCUGCUCCUUUGUCCAAAAGCUAUUUGAUAAAGUACCACAUAAAAGAGUACCACAUAA